AUGGGCCACUUGCCAGUCAUGACUUGCUGCUUGUAUAGUUACAACACUCAACAGGAAAAAAGUAUACUAGUACAACAACAACAACAACAACAACAACAACAACAACAACAACAACAACAACAACAACAACAACAACAACAACAACAACAACAACAACAACAACAACAACAACAACAACAACAACAACAACAACAACAACAACAACAACAACAACAACAACAACAACAACAACAACAACAACAACAACAACAACAACAACAACAACAACAACAACAACAACAACAACAACAACAACAACAACAACAACAACAACAACAACAACAACAACAACAACAACAACAACAACAACAACAACAACAACAACAACAACAACAACAACAACAACAACAACAACAACAACAACAACAACAACAACAACAACAACAACAACAACAACAACAACAACAACAACAACAACAACAACAACAACAACAACAACAACAACAACAACAACAACAACAACAACAACAACAACAACAACAACAACAACAACAACAACAACAACAACAACAACAACAACAACAACAACAACAACAACAACAACAACAACAAUCUCUUAUUGGCCACUGGCUAUCGUGAGAAUAAAGAUUUGAAACAGCAACAACAACAACAACAACAACAACAACAACAACAACAACAACAACAACAACAACAACAACAACAACAACAACAACAACAACAACAACAACAACAACAACAACAACAACAACAACAACAACAACAACAACAACAACAACAACAACAACAACAACA